AUGGCCAGAGGAAAUCAGAGAGAUAAGGCGCGCGAGGCCAACCAGAAGAAGAUGGCCGACAUGAAGAAGGGAAACUCCAUGUCUGGAUCUGAGAUGCAGCGCGAGAAGGAGAAGGUAGCUGCGAAGAUGAGAGAGAAGCAGGCUGCCGCGGAUGCAAAGAAAGCCGCCGAAGCUGCUGGAGGCGCUGCGAAGAAGUAA